GCGUCUGCCCGGCUUGUCUUUCCGCCCGCCCGACUCUAUGACCGGGGUGGACAGAGCCUCUAGUCCAACGUGCGCGAGUAAUAACGGCCUCCUGCGGCAGCUCGGCCCAGGCCGCCUUUGGCGGGAGGUGCAGUGCAAUUAAAACUGCGAGCAGCCACCGCUCUCCAGCUGCCCAGCUCUGAAGACAGCGCUGCCACCAGCAGCAGCACAGAAGUAGGUAUUGCGCUGCCCCACACCAUAGACAAGGCUGCUACAGAGUGAAGAAUCAGUGGAUCGCAGAGUUUGGUAGAAGGUCUCAAAGAAUUGUGGGAAAGAAUCACAACCACUUUAGGAGAUUUCUGCAGAAUGGAGGGGGACCAAGUGGAAAAAAUGGUGCUAACAAAAGAUGGGAGAAAAACUGCUGUGGAUAAGGAGUGUGAUGGGGAAGAAAAUAAGUCAGUGGAAUGCAAGGUUUACAUGGAUUACAAUGCAACCACCCCAAUGGCAUCAGAGGUGAUCCAAACUGUAACAGAGGCCAUGCAUGAGGCCUGGGGUAACCCCAGCAGUUCUUACACAGCAGGUAGAAAGGCCAAGGAGAUCAUAAAUAAAGCUCGGGAGAGCCUGGCCCGGAUGGUGGGAGGAAGGCCCCAGGAUAUCAUUUUCACCUCAGGGGGCACAGAGGCAAAUAAUUUAGUUAUCCACACGGCACUGAGGCAUUUUAGAGAGAGUCGGGUGCUGGGACAGGAUGGGCCUCGUGAGGAUCACAAAAGGGCAGCCGGGGCCACUCCUCAUUUCAUUACAUCUAAUGUGGAACAUGACUCGGUCCGUUUGCCAUUGGAGCACCUUGUGAAAGAGCACAUGGCAGAAGCCACCUUUGUCCCAGUGUCCAAGAUCACUGGGCAAGUGGAAGUUGAUGAUACCAUUGCAGCAAUCCGUCCAACCACGUGCCUGGUUUCCAUCAUGCUGGCCAAUAAUGAGACUGGGGUAAUCAUGCCCAUCUCAGAGCUCAGCCAGCGGAUUCAGAUCCUGAAUCAGAACAGAAUGGCAUUAGGGCUGCCCAGGAUUUUGAUGCACACAGACGCAGCCCAGAUGAUAGGGAAGGGGCGAGUGGAUGGGCAGGAUCUGGGAGUGGAUUACCUCACCAUUGUGGGACACAAGUUCUAUGCCCCACGGAUUGGAGCACUGUAUGUUCGAGGGCCUGGGGUCACCACUCCUCUGCAUCCCAUGCUGUUUGGAGGGGGACAGGAGCGGAAUUUCCGUCCUGGGACAGAGAAUACGCCAAUGAUUGCUGGCCUUGGCAAGGCCGCUGAGCUGGUGAACAAGAACUGUGAGGAUUAUGAGGCUCACAUGAAGGAGGUUCGGGAUUACUUGGAGGAGAGGCUAGAAGCUUCGUUUGGAAAGCAGAGACUCCACUUUAACAGUCAGUUUCCAGGUGCCAAGCGGCUCUGCAACACUUGUAACUUUUCUAUUUGGGGGCCAGGGCUGCAAGGGCGGAUGGUGCUGUCCCACUGCAAGAGUCUACUCGCCAGUGUUGGUGCUGCAUGCCAUUCGGAGAAGGAUGACCAGCCCUCCUCUAUACUGCUCAGCUGUGGGAUUCCCUAUGAAGUGGCUCAGAAUGCCCUGCGGCUCAGUGUGGGGCGGGACACCACCAAGGAGGAUGUGGACAUAAUAGUGGAAGAUCUGAAGCAGUCAGUGGCUCAGCUGGAACAGAACAGAGUCACUUAGAGAUCAGGACGGGGAACUGAGAGGAGACAUCUCCUUGAAAGAAACAGAUUCCUGGGGCAUGAUUCUCCCCUGCCCUGUACCUGGUGUGUCAUUUAAGGGGUGUGACAAGCUGUCCAGUCAGAACAGUAAUGUUUUACACCUGCCUUGGUUUGGUGUAAAUGGCUGCAGAAGGUGCAGGGCAAUGAAGAAUCAGACCUUUAGACUCUUCCCAUUCCUGAAGAACUGGCUGUCCUGUGCUGGGAGAACUGCAGCUGUUAUUACAUGUUCAUUCCUUUAGGACAUCGGAGUGUGGCAAAUAAUGUCACUGCUUAAGUUUGGGAAACUUUUGAAUGCUCACUUGUUCUACUGAGAAGUAAAAAACUCUGGGUUUGGGGACUGUGCAUUUGGGUCUUGGGGGGAGGGGGAGUGUUAAUGUAUUCAGCUAUGUUUGUAUCCAGGGGAGUGGCUGUAAUUGUGCACAGGUGUGCCUGGGCUAGCACAGAGGAAUAAGAGUAGGAGUUUGCAUUUAGGAGCACUCUAUGAGGGAUUAGGAAGGCAUGUAUGUGUUCCUGGGAUACCUGUAUUUGCACAUAGGAGGUUGUGUGAGAAUGCCUGCAUUUAUGCAUAGGAUGGUGUAUGUAUGUCUUAAGGGUGCCAAUCUUGGAAUGUGUGUGUGCAAUCAGGAGGUGGUUGGGCUAGUGUACAGGAUGUGUGUGCAUUCAGAGGAAGAGUUAGCGUGCAUGCGUCAUUUUGUCACAUCUGGCCAGUCCCACCUUUCUGAGCAUCAGAAUUGUAGAAUCUGUGAUGCGCACACACACACUCUACAUGCACAUAGUUAUGAGCAUUAAAGAUCUUCGCUCUGACUUCUCCAUGAAGGAAACAGGCUUUCCAGGACUCAUGGAAAUUAGGAAAACUUUUGUUUCAAAUCAGUGUCUUUCCAGGAAAGGAGGUUGCCAGACAAGGCUGUUAUUGGUAUCUCUCAAAGGCAGGAAUAUAACAUUUACUGUACCACAUUAGAUCCUUGGUACCUUGGCUGGUACCUUGCCUCCGACUGGCCAAUACCUGAUGUUUCAGAGGAUUUGUUGGUACUGAAGGAACUAGAAUACUACUUUUAAGUAUUCCUCAAACUCUUUUAUGAUCGUCCUUAUAACACCUGCACUGGUUACUCUUGUUGGUGUUGACAGUGCAUUCUUCCUAUUACUUCUCCUGCCAGGGAGCAGGUCCUACAUUCAGCUGUGAAUUCUUUGAAAGGAAUGCACUGUCUAUUAUGCACCUGCUCCUGUGGAGAACAGAACUUGGCCACUCAAGUGGCUCUUUUAUUCCUACUCUAAUCAAUGGAUUAGAAAUAAACUGAUAAAGCAGUAACUCAUCAUGGGAGAACAGCCUGGCAGGGUGAAGUGAGGAGAUGGGGAAGGACUAAUAUGUCUGUGUUCUCACAGAUAGUAAAAGAUAUCUCUGUUAAACUGAAACAUUUUAAUUAAAAGCGCAUUUUCCUUCAGAAGUUUCUGUUUUAUGUUGGGGACCUAGGAGUUCAUGAGACAGUUAGGCUGGCAAGUAUCAUGGUGAAAGGAGGUGGAAGAGACAACUCUGAUUGAGAGCAUUUCAAAGGCUGCCAUGUCUCUUCACAUAUGACAUGAUAAGGGUCUGGGGAAAGUAUGCGUGCCCUUCCAGGUGUGGUUAGAUGUUGAUAGAUGUUUAGCUGCAUGUGCGUGUUCCCUCUGUGUGCCACCCCAGCACGGCAGACCUCAAGCGAACUGACCAAUGACCACAAGAUCCAUUAAGAGCCGAAGGCACCCAGCCAGGUUUAUUGUCAAUGAAACAUGAUACCAGUAUCCCACAGACUCUACCAGACCGCUAAUAAAUGUAUGCCCAUAACAAUGGACCAGCUCAGUGAACGGUGUGACUUUCCGUUCCUCCCGUGGCCAGACAAAGAUACUCCCUCUGAGAUACGUCUUUAUACCAUGAUACAAACAAGUUAGUACUGCCCCUCUGACAUAGUUA